AUGUCGUCUUUGAAGCGAUCGCAUCGCGCCAUCAGCAACCUUGACUCGGCAAACGGCACCGGCGUGGAGCAGGCCAGCUCGAGCUUCAGCAACGAUGCCGCCAGAAAACGCGUGCGCGUUUCGGUCGGUCGCCCCGUAAAGCCUACAGCGCCGCGCGAACCGAGUGCCGUGUCCGAGGAGUCCGAACAAAGCGCCGGCGAAGAGUCUCGCAACGGCCGCGACUCUCCUCCCCGAACCCAAUAUGAGAUUAUGCGAGACGGCGGCUUUCGCCAUCUCGAGAACGAAGAGCUAGACGACCAACGUGCGACACAAGCCAUCAACGCUCGCUCGCAUCGGGUCGGUGACAACCGCGCAGCCGAGAAUGGAAUCAUCGAAAACGUCGAGUGCAUCAACUUCAUGUGCCAUGAACGCCUCUACGUCGAGCUCGGCCCCCUCAUCAACUUUAUCGUCGGCGAGAACGGCAGCGGCAAGAGCGCUGUCCUGACCGCCCUCACGCUCUGCCUAGGCGCCAAGGCGAGCUCCACAAACCGCGGAGGCAGCCUCAAGAGCUUCAUCAAGGAGGGCCGCGACCAGGCCGUCAUCACCGUCUGCAUCAAGAACCAGGGACAGGAUGCGUACCAGCCCGACUUGUACGGCGAGACGAUCAGGGUGGAGCGCCACUUCUCGAGGUCCGGCACGAGCGGCUUCCGCCUGAAGAGCGAGCGCGGCAAGACCAUCUCCACAAAGAAGGCCGAAAUCGACGAAAUCACAGAAUACUGGGGCCUGCAGGUCGACAAUCCGCUGAACGUCCUAUCCCAGGACAAUGCGCGUCAGUUCCUCAACUCGGCCACGCCCGCCGUCAAGUACAAGUAUUUCUUCAAGGGCGUCCAGCUGGAGCAGCUCGACCACAACUACAAACUUAUAUCGGAAAUGCUGGACAGCCAUGAGGAGAAGCUGGUCAAGCUCAAGGAUGAUGCCGCCCAACUGGAAGUCAAAUACCAGAGGGCCAAGAAGGACAAGCAGGCCGUCGAGGCGAAUCUUGGCUUGCGCGCAGAGGGCCAGCGAAUCCGCACGCAGCUGGCCUGGUGUCAGGUUGUGGAUGCUGAGCGUGGUCUUGCGCAACAACAAGCGCAGCUGGAGUCCCUCACCUCGAAACUCGUCGAGGAUGCGCGGAACAUUGACAAGGCCACGGGGCAACUCACGACGUGCGAUGAAAAGAUUGAGCAGCUCGAAGCUGCUGUGGCGGAAAAGUCAAGGGAGAAGGAGUCGGAAGAGGAGGGGGUGGAAGCGGCCUUGGCUGCGUACCAGGAGGCGAAAGCGAAACUGGAAGAUCACCGUCGCGAAGAACGCGAAGCCCACGCUCAAAUCAAGAACGCCAGGGCAAGCGUUGCCAGUUGGAAGGAAAAAAUUGCAGCUGAAGAGCAACGGCUCGGCGAAGAGUCUGGAAGUGCUCGCCAGAAAUUGCAGGAACAGCUCGACGAGGCAAACGCCGAGGAGGCUCGCUUGCAACGCCAGAUUCUCGAGGGCAGCGCGCAGUUGCCCAUUCUGGUCAAGGAGAGCGACGCUGCCGCUGAACACGUCACGCAAUGCGAGAAACGCCUGAAUGCCAAGGGGAAAGAGGUCCAGGAUGCGAGAGGACGCAUCCAGAACCUGCAAAGCAACAACCGAUCGCCCUAUGCGGCUUUCGAUCCCAAGAUCCCUCAGCUUCUCAAGGCCAUUGAGCGAGACGAUGGGUUCGAGAGACGGCCCGUAGGUCCCGUUGGACUCCAUAUGCAACUGCUCAAACCUGUCUGGUCAUCGAUUCUCGAGACAACGUUCGGCCAGUUUCUCAACAGCUUCCUGGUCGUGAACAAGCAGGACCAGCGACGUCUCGUCGAACUCAUGCGUCAGAUCGGCAUCCGGAACGUUCCAGUCACGAUCGGAAAGCCCCUACCUCCGGGCACUAAGCUGAAGGAACCGGAUGAGCAGUUCUUGACGAUUCUUCGUGCUCUCAAGAUCGAGAAUGACUGGGUGCGCGAUCAGCUCAUCGUCAACUACAUGAUCGAAAAGAUCAUCCUCGUUGAGAGGAGAGAGGAUGCCGAGGACAUCAUGUACGGCAGCGAGGGUCCGCCGCGCGAUGUGUCUGUCAGUCUCAGUCUCCACGACCGCAAGCGGAAUCAAGGUAUCCGUAUUCAAGUCAGGCCAUCGGGCAUUUCGACGAGUACUGUCAGCGAGUUCAAGAGGGCCCCGCGCAUGAAGUCAGAUGUCGAGACCCAGAUUGGCCUGCACGAAGAAACGCUGCGACUCCUCGACGGCGAGUUUCAGGAGCUGCGCAAGGAAAAAGCGACACUUGAGACGGCUCGAAGGCGCUGUCACGAGCAGGUGACGCGGUUGAGGCAAACCAACGACAAGCUCGAGGCCGCCAUCACCAAAAUUGCCGCCAAGAUUACGAACCUCAACGAAGAGAAUGACCAGUACGAAGGUGCCGAUGGACGACUAGCCCAAUACCAGGAAGAACUCAAGCUGGCCGAACUCGACAAGGAGCAUCACGGCACCCAGUACGGAGAACUGCACGUCAAACGAGACUCGCUCAACAAGGAAGUCGAGGAGCAGAAGAGGAAGCUCAACCACGAAAAGGAGAAGAUCAAGGAUCUGGAGGCACAGCUCAACAAGGUCGACAGAAAGCUGCAGCAGGCCCGGGAUCUCCGCCAGAUGGCCGUUGUGGCCAAGAACACGGCCUACGACACGCAGGCAGAGACCGAGACUCUCAAGCACCGCGCCGAGCAAGAAUGCGCCUACCAGGCCCAAGCUGUGGCCGAGUGCACCGAGGGCGCCUCGGCCCAGUCCCCGAACCGCGUUGCAAUCGACGAGGGCGAGAACUACGCAAGCUUGGAGAAGAAGUACAACGCGAUUUGCAAACAGCUCAAGCAGCGAGCGGAACGCAUCGGCGCCACGGACGAGCAGAUCAACGAUCGGCUGCGCGAGGCCAAAGCCGCUUUCCUGGCGGCGUCCCAGGAGUUUGAGUCGCAGCAAAGCUUCCAGCAGGACGCGAAGCGCUCGCUGGCCGAUCGACUCGUCAGGUGGCGCCACUUUCAGCAGCACAUCUCGGCGCACUCGAGGAUCAACUUCCGAUACCUCCUCAGCGAGCGCGGGUUCAGGGGAAACAUCCUCUUCGACCACAAGCAGCGAAAGCUGCAGCUGUCUGUGGAACCCGACGAGACGCGCAAGAACGCGGGCGGCCGGAGCACAAAAACAUUGUCUGGAGGCGAAAAGUCCUUCUCGUCCAUCUGUAUGCUGCUGGCCAUUUGGGAGGCCAUGGGAUCGCCGCUGCGAUGUCUCGACGAAUUCGACGUUUUCAUGGACAACGUCAACCGAACGAUUAGCACCAAGAUGCUGAUUGAUGCGGCUCGACGCUCGGUCAGCCGUCAGUACAUUAUGAUCACCCCCAACGCCAUCGAGGGACGGGCUUCGUUGGGCAAGGACGUCAAUAUUAUCCGUUUGACCGAUCCGCGCCAACGAACGCUCCCGCAGAUGACGUGA